AUGUUGCUCAAGUCAGCCGCCCUCGUCUGCCUCCUGGCUGAGCUCGGUCUCGCGCGCCAUCACCAGCACCCCAAGCGCCAGGUCGCACCCUCCCCGAUCUUGUCGAGCAUCAGCAUCCCGCCCCCUCCCUCGACGGGAACUGGCGCUGCCGGCGCCGCCCCCGGUACGGGUGGUCCGACGGGCAUCUUCCUCAACACCUCGAUCCCCGUCGCCACCCCUCAGGUCACGACCCUCACCGAGGUAGCAACCGUCACCUCUACCCUCGAGAACAAUGCCACCGUCACCGAGGUCAUCACCACCGAGCGCACCGUUACCGCUUCCGCCCCCGCCGUCAUCCAGCAGCCCCAGAUCAUCAUCAUCUCCCAGGUCACCUUCUUCCAGUUCAUCUCCGCCCUCGGUGGCGCCCCUCCCGCCGUUCAGCAGGGUGAGCAGGGCGGCUUCGUCGUCGGCGGCCAGCAGUUUGGCCAGUUCCAGUCCGCCUGCAGCGCCGCCUGUGGUAUGCAGUUCACCCAGUGCCAGAGUAUCGCCGGACAGAACUUUGCCAUCUCCCAGUGCCAGACCCAGCUUGUCAACUGCCAGAACGCCGCAAAGACCGCCACCGUCACCGUCUCCGUGCCCGUGACUGUCACCCAGACCGUCAUCCUUCCGAGCGGCCCAGUCUCUGGAGGAAGCAGCCUGCCCUCUGCCACGCUCGAGAACGGCGGCUCCGUCAUUGCCACCACCACUCUGCCCCCUGACUCUGGCGCCACCAUCGGAUCCGGAGGCGUCAGCUUCGUCACCGUCCCCGCUACUCCUGCUGCUCCCCCUUCCCAGACGCCCGCUGCCCCUGAGACCCAGGUCUUGACCACCACUCUCCCGGCCAACCCCGACUCGCCCUCCGGCUCCCCCAUCGUCUCCGUGAUCACCAUCACCCGCCAGCCCGGUUCUGAGCCCUCCGUCACCGGCGGUGCCUCCGAGCAAGCCGGCUCCGUCGAGACCUCCGCAGUCGUUUCCACCCUUCCUCCCCAGUCCGAGGGCGGCGCCCCUGUCAUUUCCACCAUCUACAUCACCAAGACUGCCGGUGUUCCUGUUGCUUCCGGCACGGCUGUCAGCUCCGUCGACGCGAUUGCCAGCGGCUCCGUCCAGACCUCUGCCGUCGUGUCGACCCUCCCUCCCAAGUCCGAGGGCGGCGCACCCAUCGUCUCGACCAUCUACAUCACUAGAACCGGCGGUGGCGAUGUCCCUGCUGCUUCCGGUACCGCAGUCAGCUCCGUCGAUGCCGUUGCUUCCUCAGCUGUCAUCACCACUCUCCCCGCCCAGUCCGAGGGAGGUCAGCCCAUCGUCUCGACGAUUUACGUCACUGCCCAGCCUCCCGCUCCCUCCAACGAGCCCGGUGCCUCCGGACAGGGCGGCGAGGUCGUCACUUCUGCCAUUGAGACCACCCUUCCUCCCCAGAGCGCCGGCGGCUCCGCCAUCGUCAGCACCGUCUACGUGACCGCCACCGUGUCUGGAGGUGUCCCCGUCGCCUCCAGUACGGCCGUCAGCUCCGUUGAUGCAGUCGCCAGCUCCUCCGCCGUCGUGACCACUCUGCCCGCCCAGUCCGAGGGAGGCCAGCCCAUCGUCUCAACCAUCUACGUCACCGCUCAACCCCCUCAGCCUACUGGCGGCAACGGCAACGGCAACGAAGGCGGCGCGGCCUCAGAGCAGGGCGGCGAAGUCGUCACCUCGGCCGUCGAAACCACUCUCCCUCCCCAGAGCGCCGGCGGCUCCGCCAUCAUCAGCACAGUCUACGUGACCGCCACCGUCCCCGCGGCCUCGGCCUCCGCUUCCGCAUCCAUCUCCCGCCCAGCUGAGCCCCCCCGCCCCAACGAGCCCAAGACCUCCGUCAUUACAAUGACCCUCGCCCCUCCCUCCGGCUCCCCCGUCAUCUCCCUUGUCACAGUCACAAUCCAGCCCACCGCAGGCCCCUCGGGCUCCGGCUCACCCCCGGCCCAGACUGAGGUCGUCACCUCCGCCCUGACAUCCACCAUCCCCGCCGAGGGCACCACCCCGCCCCGCGUGACAACAGUCUACGUGACCGCCCAGCCUCCCGCCCCAACCUCCGCCCCCGCCCCUCCCCGCGUCGUCACAGUCACAGUCGGCUCCCUCACCGGCGUCGUCACAAUCAGCGACGCAGCCCAGAGCUCCGCCUCCGGCACCACCAUCGCCUCGGCUCUCCCCAGCGCCGGUGCGGGCGGUAACACCGGUGGCAACGGAGGCAGCGGCGGCAACGGCGGAAGCAACAACGGCGGCAGCGGUAACGGUGGAAGCGGCGGCAACGGAGGCAGCGUCGGCGGCGAGAGCGGCGGAAGCUGCCCUUCAGCCGCGCCCGUCACCGUCACCGUCAGCGCGUGCCCCACCGCUCCCGUCACCUCCGUCCUGACCCAGACCGUCUCGGUCGUGCCCACGUCCACCCCGGCUGCCGCCAAGCGCGCCGAGGAGGGCAAGCGCGACGCCGUCUACCACCCCCGCCGCCACGGCCACGCCUUUGGCUUCUGGUAA